CUCCAAAUCUGCGAUUUCCCUUCCGGAUCUCUUGCAAGUCAAAAUCUUUUUCAUCUUCAUCUUUGUGCUGUCUGAUUCCGGUUUCCUUUUUUUUUUUCCUUCAAAAACUAAAGGGGCCUCUCUAACUUGUCCUAUCUGAUGCCCAGAAUCUCAAAGCCCCUUCCUUUCGGCUUUUUCCUUCCCCUCCAGCCGCCCUUUUCACGCUUCGGUGAUUUCAUCCGUAACUCAUCGAUUUCCCGAUCGGUUUUCUCGUCUCAAUUACCAAUUGUGACUGCUCAUUUGUCUGUGGUGGAACGGAAUUAGGCUUCCCCUGCAUAGUCCAUAAUUCGCCGUGUACAUUUGUUUGGGGCUCCUGUUGGUGGCGCUGACGUCAGCUUUGUAUCCCCAUUUGUGGAUGUUCGAUGACAUUAGUUUACGUGUUUUGACAUCUCUCUGGUGACCCAAAUCUUCAAUUGUCAAAAAUGAAUUUUGCUUCUAGGUGUAUAUUGCUUUGUCUUCUCUUCUCUGUGGCAUUCUUGGGUCGAAUAAAGGCAGACCCUGAAGGGGAAAUCUCAACUAAGGUGAGAAGUGCUCCACAUAAAGAUGCAAGAUUUAGUGUCAUAGACGGUAGCGGUCUAGAGAAUUCGGACAGUGACAAUGGAGUGGGUGUGAGGAAGGGCAGUUACAACAGAAUCUCGGUUUCUACGGUGGCUUUGUUCACCCUGGCUAUGGCUUCUGCCACUGGGUUAGGAGCAUUGCCAUUCUUCUUUGUGGAGCUUGAUCCUCAAUGGGCUGGAUUAUGCAAUGGGAUGGCCGCCGGUGUCAUGUUAGCUGCUAGCUUUGAUCUAAUCCAGGAAGGCCAGGAGCAUGGUGCUGGCAAUUGGGUUGUCAUUGGAAUAUUGGCCGGUGGCAUUUUCAUUUUGCUGUGCAAGAAGUAUCUUGAAAGAUAUGGGGAGGUUAGUAUGUUGGACAUAAAAGGUGCAGAUGCAACCAAAGUCGUCCUUGUAGUUGGGAUUAUGACCCUUCAUUCUUUUGGAGAGGGAUCUGGUGUUGGUGUGUCUUUUGCUGGUUCAAAAGGUUUCAGUCAAGGCCUUCUGGUCACCUUGGCUAUAGCUGUGCACAACAUACCAGAGGGUUUAGCUGUGAGUAUGGUGCUUGCUUCGCGGGGUGUCUCUCCACAAAAUGCAAUGCUGUGGAGUAUUAUUACGUCCUUGCCUCAGCCCAUUGUCGCAGUUCCAGCAUUUAUGUGUGCUGAUGCAUUUAACAAGUUCCUGCCAUUCUGCACUGGAUUUGCUGCUGGAUGUAUGAUCUGGAUGGUUGUUGCUGAAGUUCUUCCUGAUGCUUUCAAGGAAGCUUCUCCAACACAAGUGGCAUCAGCAGCCACACUGUCGGUUGCAUUUAUGGAAGCUCUUGGGACCCUGUUCCAGAGCUUCACCCAUGAUUACAACUCAGAGGAUGCGUCUGGCUUCUUUGUCUCACUGCUCUUUGGACUUGGGCCUCUGCUUGGAGGAGCAAUUAUUGUUCUGUUUGCAUUUUCUUUCCGUCUUCAGCAUGCCCAGCUCAUAGGUGCAGCCUCGGGGAUUGCAUUUGUUCUUGCCAUCUGGCGGCCGCUGCAACUACUCCUGUCUUCCAAAGUGGGGAUUCUGCCACUGUCUGUUUUGCUUGCAGUAGGAGCUGGACUGACCCACUCUGCAACAUCCAGCAUUCUGAAACUGGCUAGCGGCAAAAGAUCUUCCCUCAACAACUUACCAUCUGUAAGUUGUUUCCCGGUAAGUGUUUUCACCCUUCAGUCCUUCUUGGCAUGUGGAGCAGUUGCCUUUCACGCAUUAGGGGAGGGUCUUGCAUUAGGAGUGGCUGCGCCAAAGGCUUAUGGGUUUGGCCGGCACAUUGUGCUUCCUGUUUCAUUGCACGGGCUCCCAAGGGGUGCUGCUGUGGCCAGUUGCAUAUAUGGAGCUACCGACAGCUGGCAGGGGGCUCUUGCUGCAGCGGGUUUGAUUGGAUUCAUGAGUCCAGUGUCAGCGAUUGGAGCCAUACUAGCAGGAAUAGAUUACAGUGGCUUGGACCAUGUGACGGCAUUGGCGUGUGGAGGGCUACUCCCAUGCUUUGUGAGAAUAUUGAAGAGGGGAGUGAGAUUGGACUCGAGGAAAAGCAGCAUAGGGCUAGUGAUGGGAGUUGGAUUGGCUGCACUUUGUUUGACCUUCACAAGACUGGUUUGCUUGCAUACACCAUAUUGCAAUUCCGCUCCGGAGGCUGUGAAAUGAGAGAUUGGUUGGUUGCUAGUAGAAAUGGCUUUUCUGGUCUUUUUAUGUCGUCAAAGAUGGUAGUAGUAACACAGGCUCUUGAGAGUAGAAGGACGUAUUUGGAAGCUCACCGAAAUGAACGAUAUGAUACAUUUAUUAGAAGAAUCUUUUCUCUUCUUAA